UUGAGUUACAAAUUGAAAUUUUAUAGUUGCAACAGUAACAGUCGCAACGACAUCAGUCUUACAGCAUUAGUUGCAGCAGACGGUUUCGCGUCGGCCGAUAAGAUUACAUACACAAAAAAAAAAAAUUGCGAUCGCGAAGGGUGAUAAACAAAGCCGCACCAGCACUUGAACUUUACAAUCUACAAAUACGGUUAUGUACAUGUUUAAGUGCAUAAGUAAAGCAAAUGUUUAAAUUUCGCAUUAAGCAGCUAAAAUGAGAGCUGUCGCAGUCUACAGUUGCUUUUUAGCUUCAAGCCGGUAAAGUUCUCAUCCAGAGGCCAGUGCGAUAUGCAGUUCUAGCGCUAAUCUGCUUCGCGACGAGCAAACGUAUAAACAAACGUUUUAGCAUAAACAGAAAACAUGACUGAUAGCGCUGGACAAAGGCAGACAAGCAAUGGCCUUGCCAUUGUCCAAAUACCAGUUGUAAGGCUGACGCCACCAAGACAAGAACUGGAACUGCACUUCAGUCAAGUCAGCUACAGCGUCAAAUCGGCUACCAAAGGCACAAAACAAUUGCUGCACGAAGUAUGUGGACAGCUGAGGUCGGGCCGUUUGACGGGAGUUCUGGGACCCUCGGGAGCGGGAAAGACCACGCUGCUCAAUGUACUGGCGGGUUUCAAAGUCAACGGUGUAAGCGGACAGUUCGACUUGAAUGGACAACCGCGAGACCUUCUCAGUUUUCGCAAUAUGUCCUCCUACAUUCCACAGGAUUUUGAAAUGUUAUCGCUGCUCACAGUUGAGGAGACGCUACGAGUAUCCGCUGAUCUGAAGUUGCCAACAAGCACGCCCUUGGAGCAGAAGCAAAAGAUUAUUGACGAUAUUGUAGAUAUUCUGAAUCUACAGUCGUGUCGACGGACGCUGGUUCGCAGCACUUCCGGUGGCGAACGGAAGCGACUCUCUAUGGGGAUCGAGCUGAUAACGAACCCGCCAGUCAUGUUCUUCGACGAGCCCACCAGUGGAUUGGAUAGUGUGACCAGCCUGCAGGUUAUGGGCUAUCUGCAGCGUUUGGCCCACGACGGACGAAUCGUGGUGUGUGUGGUCCAUCAGCCCAGUUCAAACCUAAUGCGUUUAUUCGACGAUGUGCUGGUAUUGGCGCAUGGAGAGCUGCUCUAUGCGGGACCGCAGGCUGAAAUGUUGGGCUGCUUUCAACAGGCGGGCUACUGUUGUCCAAACUAUUAUAAUCCCGCGGAUUUUGUUCUGGAGGUGGGCAGCGAAUCAUCCAACCAACGUUGUGACGCACUAAUCGAACAGAAUAAGGACAGACAUAGCAGUAUUAAACGGCUGCAUAAACUGAUACCCGAUGAGCAGACAGCGCUUAUGGACUCCGCAAUCGACCUCAGGCCCGACUCUGUCGUACGACCCAAGGAGCAAGUGAGUUUCAGCUACCAGCUGUGCGUCCUCAUGAAACGCCAUUUACGCGUCAUGUCGAGGAAUCUUAUUGCCGUUCAGAUGCGAAUCAUAAUGCAUGUGGUGGUCGCUCUACUUCUGGGCGUCGUCUACUGGCAGAUUGGGGACGACGCAGCCAAACUCCCCAGCAAUGUUGCCUGCUUGUUCUUUGUGAUGCUGUUUGCAUUCAGCGGCAAUGCGAUGCCAUCGAUACUGCUCUGUCUGCAGGAAUCGGCUAUUUUCAUACGAGAGUAUUACAAUGGCUGGUAUUCGCUGAAUGCGUACUAUAUAUCCAAGGUCCUGGCAGAUUUGCCGCUUCAGUUUACAUGUCCCACCCUGUUUAUAGGGAUUAGUUACUUUAUGACUGGACAACCACCGGAAUUGUCGCGUUUCCUGAUGUGUUGGGCUGUAUGUAUCAUAACAACGUUUAUUGGACAUUUUAUUGGCGUUAUUGCCGGCAGCCUACUGGACAUGCAAAUGUCCAUCUUCAUUGUGCCAGCAUCAACCAUACCGCUCAUGCUGUUCUCCGGCUUCUUCAUACGCAUGCGCGAACUGUCUUGGUUCCUGCGACCGAUCUGUGAUAUCUCCUUCUUUCGUUAUAUUUUCGAGGGUCUAAUGCGUGCCAUUUAUGGCUAUGAUCGCGGCCAUUUGUCAUGCCAGUCAGAAUAUUGUCACUUCAAAUCGGGAAAGCAAUUCCUUAAGGACAUUGACAUGCAAGGCGAUGAAUUUGGCUGGGACAUGAUGGUAUUAUCUCUGGUGACAUUAUUGUUGCUAAUAGCGUUCUAUGCGACCCUACAUGUGAGCAUAAGGCGCGCCUUGUGAGAAAAAAAAUUAAAAUUCAAUUGAUGUUUGUUUUGGAUGAAUGUCCUAAUGAAGCAGGAAUUAGUAAAUGUACCUCAUAUUUGUGAAUUUAUUUACAUAAUUGUUAACUGUAACUAAUACUGUAUUGAUAAUAAUUGUUUAAAAGAGUAAAGUGCUCUUAAAUCCUCGUGAAUGAA